AUGAUAAGUACCAAGUCCAACGAGGAAUUUCUAGCGGAGGUGGAAUGUUUCCUUAAUACAUGCGACUUCCCAGUUAUCACAUCAGGCCAUGAGCGUGAAAACGUCAACGAGUUGAACGCAGUUUCCGUCCAUGAACAUGUUACGUAUGCUCGAUCCGAUUGCUCAAGUGAAGGCCAACCGCGAAGUGAUGAGGAGGAAGAGAGAGAAAAGGGCCCUAGGAUAUGCAGAACGUACUACGAACGACGGAAAGCAGAACGUGUGCAUCUACGCCAGCAAGUUAAGGAGCUUGCAUCAAAACUGGCUAAGCAAAAGAAAACCAACGCUGGCAGUGUAGUGCAAAUGGCGUCAUCGUGGUGGUUGGUGGCAAGGUGGCAACGAGCUGCUCGACUAAACGCUGAAGAGCAAAAGAGACGCCUUUGGGCUGCAGUCGACACUCGAGCUGCAUUAAUUCAAGCGCUCCAGACUACUCUGCAUACCAGCCUCGGACAGCAGAUAGACGUGACAUCGGAAUUAUUCAAAAACAGCGCGGAAUUGUUGGCGGAUAAGAACAAACGUAUCAAUUUCGAUUCUUCCGAUGCGGAGACAUUUGCGGCCUUUGUACACGAGCUGGAUGUUAUCUACUCCCAAACGGACAAGGCCUUACACGCUAUUAGCCUCGAAUCAACGUCAAAAGACUGGGAUGCCCCGAGGCAGACGUGGAAAGAGGACAGCAAGACAGGAUGCUACUUGUACAUGAGUCACCAGACGAUUUCCUCCGACUUCAAGGAAACCUGCGCGGUUCUGUGGCAGGUGGCAUACAUGACACACCGCCAAGAAAACCGGGAGGUCUUUUGCGCUGUCGACCCUGAGAACACCGUUGCUAUCAAGUUUCGAAUUACGACUCGAUUGAAUUCGGGCAUAAUCGCGUCAGUCCUUCAGCGUGUCGUCACUCGUCGAUAUCAAGAAGACGGACGAAUGAUUCUUGCUUGGAGGUCUUUCGCUGAAGGCGAAGGGAUAUUCACUGAUAUGUAUGCCGAUGAAACGGGGUGGUGUGCGGCUACUCCACUAUCGAAGCACGAAACACUCUUGAGAAUUUGUAUGCGGCAUGUGCCCAUGCACUUCCGUGGCGUGACGACGAACAAACCUGAAGUGGACCAGUUCAAAAAUUUGGUUCUUGACACGGGAAGCAAUGAUGUAUUUGAGGUUACAACUAGGUUGGAGUCCCUGCUUCUCCAAGAAGCUUAG